UUUUACCCUAAAAGUGUUUUUAGUGAAAGAGAAAAUUACUCAGGCUUAGAAGAUUACCAAUCAAUUUUGGUUAAGUAUAGAAAUCUACUUAUCAUGCGUAAUACAGAAGCUGAGUUUUUAGCAGAAAAAUUUAGAAAGGAGUGUUCCGAUUUGGAAAAAAUUGAUCAAAAGGUUGUUGAAACUUUACGUCAGACCAAUUCCGAGUUGACUACGACUGUAACAGAGCAGGCUUCGGAAAUUAUACAUAUAAGAAAGCAACUCCAAGAGUUUUGCUUGCAACAUUCUCCCGGUGACAAAGACGCAAAAGCUAAUGAAGCUCACAGGGAAGUAAUUGAUGAACUUAAACAGUUACUUGAAAAAGAGAGACACGCAACUAAAGAACAAACUUUUAAAUACAAAGAGCUUCUACAAAAAAUUACGGAAAUAGAGAAAAGACAUGAAUUACAGAUUUUUAAAUUAAAUGAGCAACUUUGUAAGGAAAAGCUAACAAUAAAGUCUUUACAAGAAGUGGCAAAGGCAAAAGCUGCUCUGGAAACCGAAAAUGAGCAAUUAAAAAUUAUACUACAAGAAAAGCCUACUAAAGAAGGCAUCUAUUUUAACUUUCCAAACUUCCAAACGUUGUCAUAUUAA